UGCCACUGAAGAGUCUGUUUCCCUGGUUACAUUUACUUUGCAUAAAAUACCAUGAUUUUCUACAAAUUUCUCCUUGUACUUUGUAGCCAACUAUGGAGGAGAUGAAGUGUGCUGACAUAAGUGACAAUGAAGAGGCCCCUCAUCAGCCAAAAGAAAAACGUCGCCCGGUCUGGCGGUCCAAGACGGAGUUUUUUCUUGCUCGUCUGGGCUAAGCGGUCGGCCUGGGAAAUGUGUGGCGUUUUCCUUACCUCUGCUUCGAGAAUGGAGGUGGUGGUGUACUUCACUGCACUUUUCCCCUACGUGUGUCUGUUUGUACUUCUGAUACGCGGGGUUACCUUGCCGGGAUACCAGAAAGGAAUCGUGUUCUUCUUCAGACCCAAGUGGGAGAGUUUGAUGAUACCAAAGUGGUGAUGGAGUCAGUAUUGCUCUUCUCAUCAACUCCCUCACCAGCAUCUUUGGGGGUGUGGUCAUUUUCUCCAUUCUGGGCUU